CACAGUCUCGUAGCGUCUUGCGUCAUCACGCAAUGGGCGUGGCCGAACACCAACACGGAAGUCGUUCCUCUGGUCCUGACUUGCCUGGCACCUUGGCACCGCAGUACCCUCAAGAGGAGAAUCUGUGAUUUUUGUCCCCUCUUACCCAGCUCACCGGCUUUAUUUGGACAUUUACUUGACAUCCGGGUCACUACAAUGCUCGCACCGAGGUUCCUGCUGCUGCGGUCAGCUGCGUCCUUCACGGCCAGGUCCUUCUGCACGGGGGGGGGCGUGUCCAAGCCUGGCAGGGCGCCCGACAUGGCGGAAGGAAAUCCACUCUUGCACGUGUCUAAUGUGCGAAACAGGCUGAGAGAAAUCGUGGGAGCUUCCACUAACUGGAGGGACCACCAGCAGGCCAUGUCGGAGCGCCUGUCGCUGUCGUCCAUGUUGGCGAGGUCUCAGAACGACCUCCCAGCCAAGAGGAUGAGGGACAGCUACCUGGAGGUGCACCUGCCUCUGGGCUCCGAGCCCCAGCUCCGAGAGAAAUACCUCACCUUCCACAACACUGUCAGGUACACACACAUCUCUCUCUCCUUCUCUCUCUCCUCAGUCCUCAUCUCUUACUCUCACACCUACAAUCCGACACUGAAGAAGUCUCCUCUGUCCAUCGUCACCGCCCUGGUGGAUAAGAUUGAUAUGAGGCAGCAUGUAAUCUAUCCUGACUGCGACAUCAAGUUCACGGGUCAUGUGACGUGGGUGGGAAAGACUUCUAUUGAAGCCAAGAUGCACAUGUCACAGUACGUCAAUGGAGCGUAUACCCCGGUUCUGGAUGCUACGUUUGUCAUGGUGGCUCGGGACCCAGAAAAUAAGAGAGCAGCUUUUGUGAAUCCACUGAAGCCUGAAGGUCCAGAGGAGGAGAAGCUCUUCCAGGAAGGAGAAGCUAAUAAAUCCCGGCGUGUGGAUCUGAGCACCGCGUCGCUGCUGAAGGUGGCGCCCACAGACGAGGAGAGGAAGAUCGUUCACAGUCUGUUCCUCAACACGCUGGACACGAAGACGGUCAGUUUCCGCAGCAGAGUUCUUCCUCCGAACUCCUUGUGGAUGGAAGAUGCCAAAGUGAAAGGACUGGAGAUCUGCCACCCUCAGGAGAGGAACAUCUUCAACAGGAUAUUUGGAGGUUUUCUGAUGAGGAAGGCCUACGAGUUGGGCUGGGCCAACGCCUGCUCCUUCGGAGGAUGCCGACCCAGCCUGGUAGCCGUUGAUGAUAUCCUCUUCCAGAAGCCCGUGGACAUCGGCUCGCUGCUGCUGCUCUCAUCACAGGUGUGUUACACACAGGCGAAUCACAUCCAGGUCCGAGUUCACAGCGAGGUGUUUGACCCUCUGACCCGCCAGCACAACACCACCAACGUCUUCCACUUCACCUUCGUCUCCGACCGCGCCGUCCCCAACAUCAUCCCCAAGACAUAUGGAGAGUCGAUGCUUUACCUGGACGGGAAGAGACACUUUAAUCAGACUGUGGAGCCCUGAACGCAACAUGUCUGCUGCCUGCCAAAACGUGUGUGUAUAAGUGUGUGUGUGUGUGUGUGUGUGUGUGUGUGUGUGUGUGUGUUUUUUGAGUCAAUCAGUUUCCGAAAAAGGGCGUCCUCCUCCUCCUCGUCUCCCCGGAGGAAGGGGCGGUCUCUGCGCCGCAGCAGAUCCGGAAUUAGAAGGUGUUCGCACGGCUCGGCUCGGCUCGGCUCGGCUCGAAGGUUCGGCGGGGCGCUCCGGUUCCACGGGAGAGCUCAACGGCGGACGCAACAGAAACGGAGACCCAGCUCAGACACAUUUCACUUACCAGAGGACAAGAAAGACGGGAGGGAGGAAGGAAGGGAGAAGCCGGGGGGACUGAAAGUGUCGGCCGAGGGAGGGACGACGAACCUGGGCGCAGAAGAGAGGAGGGAAUAAAGAAGAAGGAGAAAUAAAAGUAGGAGAAA